AGCACAAGUCGCCCAGACGCUGGACGUGGACAUCAGCAAUGGUCUCAGCGUCGAGCAAGCGGAAUCUCGCCUUCGGCUCCAUGGGCCUAACAAGGUUAAAGGAGCUGAAGGGCUAUCCUUGUGGGCGCUUCUCUUAAGGCAGGUGUCGAACAGUCUCACACUUGUACGUGCUUUCCUUGUGUCGGGCGAACCUUGGAAGGUACGAAUCGUUCACCAACGAAAUCCAACAUAAUGUACCCAGGUCCUUCUUAUCACCAUGGCUCUAAGCUUUGGUAUUGAUGAUUACAUCGAAGGUGGCGUUAUCACCGCAGUCAUCCUCCUCAACAUUGUCGUUGGGUUCGUACAAGAUUACAAGGCAGAGAAGACGAUAGAAUCUCUCAAAAGCCUGACUGCACCAGAAUCCAUCGUUAUUCGCGGUGGAGACACCAUCAGGAUCCAAGCAGUGAGCCUCGUCCCUGGCGAUGUUGUACAGCUGGAGACUGGUAAUAUUGUCCCGGCUGAUAUUCGCCUCGUGGAUGGCUUCAACGUCUCUACUGAUGAAGCUUUCCUCACUGGUGAAGCGGAGCCUAUAGAAAAGGAUCCCUCGAAGGUCUACGAUGACCCAGAUGUUCCCCUAGGAGACCGCCUAAACCUUGCUUUCUCCGGAAGCGAGAUGAAACGCGGGCGUUGCAGGGCCAUCGUCAUCUCGACCGGUAUGAAGACCGAGGUCGGCAAGAUCGCUAACAUGCUUCGCCAAAAAGACGAAACACUGAAUGACCUCGGAUUGCUGGCAAAGAGCUGGAAGAAGUUCGUCAAGACAGUGAAAUCCAUUCUUGGACUUGACGGGACACCUCUUCAGAUCAGUCUCAGCAAGUUCGCCCUUCUUCUCUUCGGUCUAGCCAUUCUGCUUGCUAUUAUUGUUUUUUCGGCAAACAAGUGGCAGGUUGGCGGUGAAGUCUUGAUUUACGGAAUCUGUGUUGCUGUUGCGGUUAUUCCCGAGUCUCUUAUUGCGGUGUUGACGAUCACCAUCGCCGUGGGGGCUAAAGCGAUGGCCAAAUCCAAUGUUAUCAUCCGUGUAUCUUCUGCCAUAGAAGCCGUAGGUGGGGUGACUUCGAUCUGCAGUGACAAAACAGGCACCCUUACCACUGGUAAAAUGAUUGCUCGGAGGGCAAUCAUCCCCGGCUUUGGCACCCUGGAAGUGGAUGGCACUUCCCACUCAUACGACCCAAGCAGUGGCUUCGUCACUCACGAUAGCACCCGUUGCGAUCUUAACAAUUUCUCGCCUAAUGGUGCUUGCACUCGUUUCCUCAAGACGAUUGCACUUUGCAACCAAUCAAAGGUUGAGUAUACGGCCACGACUGAUGAUGUCACGGUUGGCAGAAAAGAUGCAAACGAACGCAUGAUGAGUGAUGACGACGACGGUACCGAUGCCUCGACCAUUCAGUCCGCUACCAUCACUCGCCCAACCACAGUUUCUGGCCAAAGUACCUUGAACCCCGGAGAAUGGAAAGCGUUUGGAGAACCCACAGAGGUCGCCCUCCAGGUCUUGGCUAUGCGUUUCGGCAUGGGCAAAGAAGAACUACUCUCUGGACUCAACAUUCGUCUCGCCGCUGAAUUCCCAUUCGACUCAUCCGUCAAGAAAAUGACCGUCGUCUAUGAAGACAAGCAGGCCAAACAUCUAGACGUUUACACCAAGGGCGCUACAGAGUUCAUGUUGCCAGUGUUGGAUAUUCCCGAGUCUGAAAAGACCGAGAUCAACGAGAUGGCAGAGAACAUGGCCAAAGAUGGUCUUCGUGUGCUGUGUAUCGCCCAUAAGCUCUUGCCAAUGGACACGGAUCUCAUCCAGCGUGAAGCUGUGGAGCAGGGUCUGAACUUCAUCGGUAUGGUGGCCAUCUACGACCCGCCUCGCCCAGAGAGCAAAAAGGCAGUCCGCGAUUGUAAGGUCGCAGGUAUCACGGUACACAUGCUCACGGGUGACCAUCCCGCUACUGCGGAGGCUAUAGCGCGAGCUGUUGAUAUCCUCGAUGCUUCGCUACCCCGUGGGCAAAUUGGAAAGGCUGUCAUGAUUGCGAGGGAUUUUGACGCCCUGAAUCAGGACCAAGUCGACGCCAUGGAGCAGCUCCCCCUUGUUGUCGCCCGCUGCAGCCCCUCGACAAAGGUCAAGAUGGUUGAAGCACUACAUCGGAGGAAGCAAUUUUGCGUUAUGACAGGUGAUGGAGUCAACGAUUCGCCUGCUCUCAAGAAGGCCGACGUCGGCAUCGCCAUGGGCUCAGGAUCCGACGUUGCCAAAGACGCUGCAAAGAUGGUACUGACGGACGACAACUUCGCCUCGAUCGUCGAAGCAGUGAAAGAAGGCCGUCGGCUCUUCGACAAUAUUCAGAAGUUCCUCAUGCACCUCCUCAUCUCCAACAUUGCCCAAGUGAUUCUCCUUCUCAUUGGUCUCGCCUUCAAAGACCGCGACGCUCACUCAGUCUUCCCGCUCUCCCCCAUCGAAAUCCUCUGGGUCAACCUCAUCACCUCGUCCUUCCUCGCCAUCGGCCUCGGCCUCGAAGAGUCCCAGCCUGAUUCAAUGGUCCGCGCCCCGCACAACCUCUCCGUCGGCGUCUUCACCAAGGAGCUCAUCACGGACAAAUUCAUCUAUGGCUUCUUCAUGGGCUCUCUGUGUCUGCUGAGCUUCGCCAUCGUCGCUUAUGCAGGACCCGGUGGCGGCGAUCUGGGCAGCGGGUGCAACGAAGGCUGGAACGAGACAUGUGGCGUGGCGUUCCGCGCAAGAGCGACAACGUACGCAACCAUCACGCUCCUACUGCUCGUCACUGCUUGGGAAGUCAAGCACUUCGCGCGCAGUCUAUUCAAUCUCUACCCCGACAGCACAGCGACCCGCGGUCUUUCCGUCUUUCCUGCCAUCUGGCGCAAUCGCUUCCUCUUCUGGGCCGUCACGGCGGGCUUCACGAUCAUGUUCCCCAUUGUGUAUCUGCCCGUCAUCAACAGGCAGGUGUUCAAGCACGGCGCUAUGACGUGGGAGUGGGGCGUGAGCUUUGGAUGUGUGGCGAUAUACAUUGCUGCUAUCGAGGUCUGGAAGGCAAUCAAGCGUCGAAUAGGCCUGUGGAGUGGCGGGCACAAGGUGCUUACUGGCGAGGAGAGGGUUGAGAGCGUGCAGCCGGUUGUUUUGGAGAAGUAAGAACAUCCACGACCGAGACAGAAUGGAGGGUGGUGGCUGAGUGGGUGGGUGUUGGAUACAAAUUGUCUAUGUUGCGUGUUCACGUGUAGGGGAGGGGGUUCGGCACACUCGUUCUGCGCUGAUGUUGGGGUCUGUCUCAUCUGCACGGCGGCGUU